AGCGCCGGGCCCCGGGGUGGAAGCCGGCCGCAGGGAGCUGGCGCGCGUUCCCGCCGCGGCUGCCCUCCGCCGCAGCGCCAGCUCUCCCGAAAUAGACCUUUCUAAGGCGUCUUUUAUUCGGGCUCCGGCGGGCCGGGGAGAGCCCGCAGCGGCCCCACGGACUCGGCCUGGCCCCUCCCCCUCCUCGGCAUGACUCGGGGACCCCACGGGCCGCCCCUGCGUGCCGCCGCGGGGCGUUUUCUCCGGGCGGAGGCGCUCAGAAAACCCUCGUUCGCGGCCCGGCCGGCCGGGUGUCCCGGGCGCGCAGCCCUUGUCCCGGCCGCCGCCGCCAGCCCCGGGCCCGGAGCGCGGUGGCGGAGCCCCCCGAGGAGCCGGGGGCCGGCGCCCCGCGCCCCCCAGACAUGGUGGGCCACUUGCAUCUGCAGGGCAUGGAGGAGAGCCUGCGGGAGCGGAGCCGGGAGGGCCUGCUGGACAGCCCCGACUCCGGGCUGCCCCCCAGCCCCAGCCCCAGCCCGCCCUUCUACUCUCUGGAGCCUGGCAUCCUCGACGCCCGCGCGGGGGGCGCCGGCGCCCCCUCGGAGCCCCCCGGACCCGGCGAGGCCAGAGCGCCCCCGCCUCGCCCCCCAAACCCGCCGGCGCUGGAGAUGCGGCCGCGGCUGCUGCCGGUGUUCUUCGGCGAGGGCAUCGAGGUGAGCCCCGCGCCUGCGCACGAGAUCCGCUGCAACUCUGAGGUCAAGUACGCCUCGGAGAAGCACUUCCGGGACAACGUCUUCUACGCGCACGUGCCCACGGUGACGGCCUACAGCGAGACAAUCGUGGCGGCGCCCAACUGCACGUGGCGCAGCUACCGCAGCCAGCUGACCCUGGAGCCGCGCCCGCGCGCCCUGCACUUCGGGAGCACCACCAUCAUCUUCCCCAAGCACGCCCGCAGCUCCUUCCGCACCACCCUGCACUGCAGCCUGGGCCGGCCCUGCCGCCGCUUCACGUCCAGCGUGCAGCUGCAGCCGGGCCAGCACCCCGGGGCCCAUGGCCUCGGGCCCUCCGCGCUCUGACGGGGCGACCAAGGACUGCAGACUCCAGGGCUGAGCCUGGAUCCGGGCAGGAGGAGGGUGGGGAGGCCCAGGGCCCAGCCCGCUGCCCCGCCAGUGCGGCCUGGUGGACCCCGUACACGGAUCAGUUCUAUUAGCCCCUAAAGCACAAGGCGCAGGGUGUGAGUCCGCAGCCAGGCGGUGGCCACCCCCAGGGGCAGGCCGAGGAGUCUUGGCCGGGGGACGGGCUGCAGCUCCGCCAGGCCCUGGCCCCACUGUCUGUCCAGGCUGGGGGAGGAGGGACACUGUCCGGCUUUCCAGGCGCGUGCAGCUUGGCGCCGAGGGGCUGGGGCUGGGCAAGCCCUGGCGUACACGGAGCCGGGAGGUCGGGCCAAGGCCAGAAGGACUCUGCUGCGGGGGCGGGGGAAGGGGGGCGGCCCGGAACAGACCUCGUCCGAGCUGCUCCGGUGCCCUCCCGUGUGGAAGACGGGGGCACAGCCCUCCCAGCGGAGGCCUUUGCGUUCCGUGUCCCGCGCCUUACCUGCGAGGCGUCCCCCCAACCUCCUCACGCGCCGCCUGCGGAGCCGGGACUCUCUGACCUCACAGACUUCGUGCCAGGGGCCCAGGGAGGCGUCUGAGGCCCCGGAAGCAUCCGCUGUCUCCUGCCUGAGGUUCCGGCCCCGCCAGUCGGCUUAAAGACAGACCUGGGAGGAAGGGACGGUCACCCACCACCAAACGGGAUAGCUCCAUGCCUGCAGUGAACCAGGCGUCCCUGGCGUGUGGCGGGCCAGGGGAGGGAGACGGGACAUGCCCGCUCCCCGGGACACCAGGUCCCCAGGGCCCGGUCCUUCCGGGGACAGCUCCAGAAGCGCCCUAGCUGCGUGCUGAAACGCUCCCAGGCCUGAACUGACCGCGGGCUGGGGGCUGCCCCGCCGGUGGCCCCGCCCCCGAGGCGGGUCGGAGGCUGGGGCGUCAGCGCCCUCGUGUGGUGCGGGGUGGGGGCGCUCGGCGCUCACGUCCGGGGGAGGCUAAAGGAAUGGUGAUCUUUUUAUGUAUCGACCCAGGCGGUGCGCUCUCUCCGGAGAUGCUUUCUGAUUAACAAAGAAAUAACUUAAGAAUCGA